AUGCUGCGGCUUGAGGUGCAGUCAGCCAAGAUUGAGCCGCCCCUGUCCCCCCCACCCAAACCCUGUGUGUCCAUCGAUUUUAGAGAUAUCCAGAAGAGAACUCAUGUGGUGGAAGGGAAUGACCCUACGUGGAACGAGACCCUAGUCUGGCACCUCUGGAACCGCCCUCUGGAAAAUGACUCCUUCCUGCAAAUCAUCCUUCAGGACAUAGGCUCAAAAAAGGAAGAAAGGUUCAUUGGCAUGGCCACAGUACUACUCAAGCCAUUGGUGAAACAACCGGGUAAAGUCCUUGUUGUGAAGGACCUGACCCUACUCAACCAUUCCAUGACGCCCACAGACUGCACUGUCACCCUACAGGUGGCCCAUAUGAAGAGCUGGGGUAUUGAGAAGACAGGGCACAAAGACCUCCUGGGCAUGACUACUAGAGAGGCAGCCAGGCAGAAACUGAUGGUUCCCAGCCCCACUGGACACAGGGCUCUGUCCUCAAAGCCCCAGCACUUUCAGGUUCGAGUGAAGGUGUUUGAAGCCCGACAGCUCAUGGGCAACAACAUCAAGCCGGUGGUGAAGGUGUCUAUCGGAGGCCAGCAGCACCAAACACGGAUCAAGAUGGGAAACAACCCUUUCUUCAAUGAGCUCUUCUUCCAGAAUUUCUAUGAGAUUCCUGCAAAGUUCUUCGAUGAGACCAUCUUGAUCCAGGUGGUGAACUCCUCAGUGAUGAGAUACCAUGCAGAGAUUGGGAGAUUCCAAACAGAUAUUGGGUUUAUCUACCAUUCUCCAGGUCACACACUCCUGAGGAAAUGGUUAGGCCUCUGCCAACCAAAUAAUCCUGGCAGUGGCGUGAGAGGCUACCUGAAAGUCACCAUCUGUGCCCUUGGUGUGGGAGACCAGGGCCUGAUGGAUCAAAAGCUGCCCUACGUGGCUGAUGACACUGAUGUUAAGAUCUUCAAGUCAACAGCAGUCCCAGUCAACAUAGCUUACUUACAGUUCUUCAUCUACUGCGCAGAGGACCUUCAUCUCAGGGAACACCACUCAGUGAGUCCUGUGUUGGAAGUGGAACUCAUCGGGGAGAAGCUGAAGACGCACGUGCAGACCCACACCGACAACCCGAUAUGGAACCAGAUCCUCACCUUCCAGAUUCAGCUGCCCUGCCUCUCCAGCUAUGUCAAGUUUAGAGUCUUGGACUGCUCCAGGAGUAAUUACCAGGAUGAGAUUGGGACUGUCACCCUGUCCCUCAACCAGAUCUCGUCCACUGGAGAAGAGAUCGAAGGAAUGUACUCUGGCUUCCUACCCUGCUUUGGCCCCAGCUUCCUGAUUCUCCAUGGGGGUAAAAAGGCCCCCUUCAGGAUCCAAGAGGAAGGCGCGUGUAUUCCCAACUCUGUUAAGGAUGGUUUAGCUUAUCGAGGCCGAGUCUUCCUGGAGUUAACCACCCAAAUCAAGUCGCAUCAAGACUCUACGAUGAAGGAUCUCUCCCACGAAGUGACCAGCAUAGAGAAGCAACAGAACCGCCAAAAGUAUGGGCUGUGUGUCAUCUUCCUCUCCUGUACCAUGAUGCCCAACUUUAAGGACCUGAUCCAAUUUGAGGUCAGCAUCGGCCACUAUGGAAACAAGAUGGACCUGAAUUACAAGCCUCUAGUCUCAACCACACAGUACAGCCCAGUGAUAUAUGAUGGGAAUAUCUAUCAUUACGUGCCCUGGUACAACACCAAGCCUGUCGUGGCCGUGACCUCCAACUGGGAGGACGUCAGCUUCCGCAUGAACUGCCUCAACCUCCUCCACCUUACUCGGGACCAUCUGAAAGCCAAUCUGGACACCCUGAAAUCCAUGCGAAAUCCGAAGGACCCAGCUCUGCUCCAGCAGUGGCAGAAACUACUGAGGGAUCUGGUGGAGGACUGCAAGCAUCCUCUGCCGUGCAUGACCCAUCAGCCCAGAGCCACAGACCUGGACAAGAAGAGAUGGCAUCUCCGUAGCCUCCUCCUGCAGGAACUGGCCCAAAAGGCCAAGGAAGCCAAGCCCAGGGACAUGGUGGCCACUGUGGAGGACUGGUUGUACCGCCUCAACUCUGUGCUCCCUGAGCCCCAGAUGAGCUUUCCAGAUGUGAUGAUCUGGCUGAUGGCCAAUGAGCAGCGAGUAGCCUUCGCGCGGGUACCUGCCCACACCAUCCUGUUCUCCCCAACAGGGGCCCUGCACUCUGGAAAGUUCUGUGGGAAGAUUCAGACACUCUUCCUACAGUACCCAGAGGGUGAAGGACAGAAGGACACACUCCCGGCCCACCUCCGGGUCUGCAUGUGGCUUGGCAAUGUCACAGACAGCAAGGAUCUGCAGCUGCUCCGCCAGGGCAAUAUGGUGGUGUAUGCGGAGACGUACGAGAAUCAGGCCAAGUAUAAAGACCAGUGGGGGCAGCAGGGGCUGUACCGCUGCCCCAACUUCUCGGAUGUCAAGGGGCGCAAGGCCCUCCCCAAGACGUAUUUCAUGGUGCCCCCGGGAUGGCACUGGCAGGACAACUGGAUAGUGGAGCCUCAGAGGAGACUCCUCCUGGACAUAGACAUCAACAAGAGCCAGGUGCUGGAGGAGGUGUACGAGACCCAGGGCCGCGACGCCACAGGUGCUUGGGUGCCUGCAGCCAUCCCAAACACGGACGUGAAUGGAGAGCCCAUGAAAUCCCGGCAGGAGGUGAAGUGCCCCCAAGGCUGGCACUUUAAGAAGAACUGGACUGUGGAGCUGAACCAUGCGGUGGACAAUGAGGGCUGGGAGUAUGGAGUGGGGAUCCCACCCUCGGGCCGGCCGCAGGUCUGGAGCUCAGCGGAGAAGACCUACCACUCGUGCCGGCGGCGGCGCUGGGUGCGUGUGCGCUUCCGGGACCACAGGCAGCUCGGCUUCGAGCAAGAGACCCUCUCCUUCCUGCAGCCGGUGAGUGCCACCGGCCUGGCCAAGGAGGAAAACGAGGGCUGGGAAUAUGGCACCUUCGGCUCCAAGUUCCACCUGAACCCACAGCCCCAGAGCCGGUUCCGCCGCCGCUGCUGGCACCGCCGGCUGGCUCCCAACAAGGACCGGGGCAUUGCACCCAUGUUCCUCCUGGAGGGGUCCUUGAAUGUGGAUCUGAAACACCACGCUGAAAAGGAAGUGGAUGAGAAGUCGCGGUCAUGGAGGGACUCCUGGAGGGCGGCUCCAGAGGACACCCGGCCCCCCAACAUGCCCUUUAUCUACUGCGUCUUCAACAAACCCCACUACUACCAGCUCCUCUGCUACAUCUACCAGGCCCGGAACCUGAAGUCCAGCCAGAUCCUGACAUUCCAGGGGCCUUUCAUUCGGGUGGUCUUCUUGAACCACAGCCAGCGCACCCAAACCUUGAGGAGCUCUGCAGGCCCCACGUGGGCCCAGACGCUCAUCUUCCAGCACCUCCUCCUGUACGAGAACCCCCAGGACACCAAAGAGAGCCCACCGCUUGUGGUGCUGGAGCUGUGGCAGUGCAACUCCCAGGGCAAGGAGAGCUUGUGGGGACGGAGCGUGUGGCCCCCCGUGGUCUGGCUGGAUCUCCAAGACCGGAUCCUGCCCCCCAUGAGGUGGCACCCUCUUGUAAAAGAGUUGGGGGAGGAAGAGGGCGAGAUCUUAGCGUCCUGUGAGCUGAUCCUCGAGACUGAGAUGCUCAGAGAAAAGCACCUGCCAAUCUUAAGUGUUCCCUGGAAGAACGGGGUCUACACACUCCCCAAGAGCAUCCAGCCCAUGCUGAAGAAGAUGGCCAUUGAGAUCCUGGCCUGGGGCCUUCGGAACAUGAAGGUGGCAAGGUCCCCCCAGCUCCUGGUGGAAAUCGGGGAAGAGUCCCUGAGAACAGAACCCAUCAGGGACUUCCAGACUAACCCCAACUUCCCUGAGUCCGAGUCUGUCCUCUUCCUCACGGUGUUUAUGCCUGUGGAGGAGGCCUACGCGCUGCCCCUCGUGGUGAAGGUGGUGGACAAUCGGGACUUUGGCCAGCAGACCGUGGUGGGUCAGGCCAACCUCGACUUCCUCCAGCACUAUUUCUGUGACCCCUGGGCACAGGACUAUGUGUCCCCACAGCUUCCAACACUAUCUGUGAAGAAGCACCAGGACUUCCUAGGGUUCCUCUGUGAAAAGUUCUGGUUCAAGUCCAGCAAAGCCGAGGAUGAGUACGAGCAUGACGUGGACUGGUGGAGCAGGUUCUUCUGGGCCACAGGAGAUGGUCACAAGUCCCUGAAGAAUAAGUACAAAGACUACUACAGCCUAAAGGUAUAUGACUGUGAGCUGGAGGCUGUGCCAGCCUUCCAAGGCCUGCAGGACUUCUGCCAGACUUUCAAACUCUACCAGGAGCAGCCCAAGUUGGACAGCCCUGUGGUAGGGGAGUUCAAGGGCCUUUUCCGAAUCUACCCUUUUCCUGAGAAUCCGAAAGCCCCCAAGCCCCCGCGUCAGUUCUCAGUUUGGCCUGAGAGAGGGAACUUCCCUCAGCUGUGCUUGGUGCGGGUGUACGUGGUACGAGCCAUCAACCUGCAGCCCCAGGACUACAAUGGCUUGUGUGACCCUUAUGUGGUCCUGAAACUGGGGCAGACAACACUUGGCAACCGGGACACGUACAAGCCCAACACCCUGGAUCCCAUCUUUGGCAUGAUGUUUGAACUCACCUGCAACAUCCCCCUGGAGAAGGACCUAGAGAUCCAGCUAUAUGACUUUGACUUGUUUUCACCUGAUGAUAAGAUUGGAACUACAAUCAUUGACCUUGAAAACCGACUCCUGUCUGGCUUUGGAGCUCAUUGUGGGCUCUCCAAAUCUUAUUGCCUGGCAGGGCCCUUUAGGUGGCGGGAUCAGAUGCCCCCAAGCUGCCUCCUGGAACGCCAUGCCCAGCACAAAGGGCUGCCUCCACCUCUGUUCGACCCUAAGGAAGACUCUGUUUUUUACAAUGGGAAAAAAUUCAAGCUGAAAAGCUUUGAGCCCGAGUCUCCUACUGUUCAUGGUUUGGGACCCAAGAAGGAACGCCUCGCACUAUAUCUCCUGCACACCCAGGGGCUGGUACCUGAGCACGUGGAGACCCGUACACUGUACAGUGACAGCCAGCCAGGCAUUGACCAGGGAAAGGUGCAAAUGUGGGUGGACAUCUUCCCCAAGAGGCUGGGGCCUCCUGGCCCCCAAGUCAACAUCAGCCCCAGAAAGCCUAAACGGUAUGAGCUGCGCUGCAUUAUCUGGAAAACUGCCCAUGUGGACCUGGCAGAUGAAACUUUAAGCAGAGAGAAGAUGAGCGACAUCUACGUCAAAGGGUGGUUAUAUGGGCUAGAAAAGGACAUGCAGAAGACAGAUAUCCACUACCACUCCCUGACUGGGGAGGGCAACUUCAACUGGCGGUUCAUCUUUACCAUGGACUACCUGGCGGCAGAGGGUGUGUGCGUCCAGAGCCAGAAGGAUUACAUAUGGAGCCUGGACCCCACACUGAUGAAGUUCCCAGCCCGGCUCAUCAUCCAAGUCUGGGACAAUGACAUCUUCUCCCCUGAUGACUUCCUAGGGGUCCUGGAGCUGGAUCUGUCUGACAUGCCCCUCCCAGCCCGGCAUGCCCACCAGUGCUCCACCAGGAUGAUGGAUGCCGACCCCAAGUGGCCCUACUUCCUCCAACACAAGCACUUCUCCCUCUUUAAAAAGAAGACUGUAACUGGCUGGUGGCCUUGCCAGGUCCUUGAUGGUGACAAAUGGCGCUUGUCGGGCAAAGUGAAGAUGACUCUGGAGAUUCUGUCAGAGAAGGAUGCCUUGAUCAAGCCAGCUGGGCGAGGCCAGUCGGAACCCAAUCAAUACCCUACACUUCAUCCUCCCCUACGCACCUACUCCUCUCUCAUAUGGCUGCAGUCACCUGUUCAAAACUUCUGUCAUGUUCUCUGGAAACGCUACCACUUCAAAAUCAUAGCCUUCUUGGUCAUAUCAAUUAUGGCAUUUAUGCUGUUCAACUUUAUCUAUUCAGCUCCGAACUAUUUGGCCAUGAGCUGGAUCAAACCUGAACUUCGGCUUUAUCCUCCCAUUAAAAUAUACAAUGACAUCACUUCACAAAACACCAGCAACGCCAGUUCUUCCAUCCUCACCACCCAGGGUCCAAACCUAAAGCCUACAAUGGACGAUGGGUGGCAAGUUCUCCAGGGAACCAAGAAUCACCUGAGUGACAUUUUUCCAGAACUUCCAGCUCCACAAGACUAA